CCAACCAAGCCGGGGUUAAUUAAUUUUCUCAAUCCUCCCCUCUGAGAAUUUCGAGGGAUUCCUUACUCAGAAAAGCCAAUACGAUGCCGUUUUGUGUGACGAGUACCACAUCCCUUCCUUGCUCAUACCCGCCUUCUCCUGACCGAAGGCUCGACCGGAACCCUUUUGAGUUUCGUUUUCGUCAUCCUUGAACGCCCGGGUGGGAUGGAGGUACCCGAUGAACCCUCUCAUAUUUUAUCCUCUUCCGGUGUCCGUUUCUUGCUGGAAUUGGGGCCGUGUUGAGGCAUCCGAAGAAUAUCAGCUGUGUUCGAAUGGGGCAAAUGUGGUGAAGACUAUUAAAUAUACUGGGUGGAAUAGAGCUCAGGAAAAUAUUUAGUGAUGAAAAGCAGUACAAUGUCUCAUUCCCGAGAAAUUCUCAUUCUCAUCCAAAAGAUGGUGAAGCUCCCACCAGAAAAAGCUCUCUCCUUCUUCAAUUGCUCAAUCAUCUGUGGUGUUCGUCACGCCUGCCAAUCAAUAUCCUUCAUCUUAAACCAUCUCCUCGCCUCUGGCAUGCUAUCUGAGGCGCAGUCUCUACUUGUGCGGUUGAUCUCUGGACAACUUUUGUGUAAGUUCUCUCCAUCAUCACUUAUGGAUCAGCUAACUGAAACCUGUUAUUUUUCAGAGCCAACAUCUUCCCUCCUUUAUGAAGCACUUGUUAAUGCCUCUCUCAAUUCUAAAUUACAUGAUCAAGCCCUCUAUAUUUUUAAACAGAUGAUUGACAAGGGCAUUGUUCCUAGGCCAAAAACGUUCAAUAAUCUCUUGAGCUCACUUAUUAGAUCCAAUUGCUUUCAAGAAGCAUGGUGGAUUUUUAAUGAAGCAAAGGGUAAGCCUAUGCUAGAUGUAUACAGUUUUGGGAUUUUGAUCAAGGGUUGUUGUGAAACUGGUGACAUGAUUAAAGCUUUUCAACUUUUUGCUCAGUUGGAAGAGCUAGCAUGGCCUCCAAAUGUUGUCAUAUACACCACAUUGAUCAAUGGCUGCUUCAAGAGUGGUGAUUUUCAACUGGCAAAGAAGCUGUAUUGCACGAUGGAGAAAUUGUGUUUAGUUCCCAAUCCUCAUACAUACACAGUGUUAAUCAACGGGUUUUUCAAGCAAGGGCUAAAGAAAGAAGGAUUUCAAAUGUAUGAAACCAUGAAGCGAAAUCAAGCUGUCCCUAGUAGUCAUACUUACAAUUGCGUGAUUAACGAACACUGCAAUGAUGGGAACAUGGGUGAAGCUUUUAAGGUGUUCGAAGAAAUGCAAGAGAAAGGCGUGGCAUGUGGUGUUGUGACAUACAAUACUUUGAUUUGUGGGUUAUGUCGAGUGCAGAGGCUCUGGGAAGCUUUGAAGAUGCUUGAUCAAGUAAACAGUGUUGGCCUAAGUCCUAAUGUAAUCACAUAUAACACACUGAUAAAGGGCUUUUGUGACGCUGGAAAGAUGGACGUUGCUGCUAGAUUAUUUAACAAAUUGAAGUCAAACGGACCAUCUCCUUCCUUAGUCACAUAUAAUACAUUGAUCGCAGGAUAUGCUAGGAAUGAGAAUUUGGAAAAAGCUCUUCACUUGGUCUGGGAAAUGGAGGAGAGAAGCAUUGCUCCCUCCAAAGUAUCAUAUACGACUCUAAUUGAUGCCUUUGUAAGGCUAAAUGAGAUGGAGAAGGCAUUUGGAAUGCUUUCUUUUAUGGAAAAGUCUGGUUUGAGAUCAGAUGUUUGCACUUAUGGUGUCCUAAUACAUGGUUUAUGCAUAAGAGGCCGUAUGGAGGAAGCGUCAAAACUCUUCAGAUCAAUGGGUGACAAGAACUUGAAACCAAACAAUGUGAUAUAUAAUAUCAUGAUUCAUGGUUACUGCAAACAAGGAAACUCCUACAGGGCCCUAAGGCUGCUUGAAGAAAUGGUGGAGAGUGGAAUGGUACCAAAUGUGGCUAGCUACAGCUUGACUAUCAGAGCUCUCUGCAAUGAUGGGAAGUGGAAGGAAGCUGAGCAGCUUCUAAGAGAGAUGAUAAAUUCAGGAUUACAGCCAUCAGUGUAUUUGUCCGAUUUAAUUUCCCAAGCCAAAAGUGGCAUUUUGAAUGCUCACAGUGGCUGAGAAAUUUCAAUUAUGCUAUUUGUGUAAAUCGAAAAAAUUAUAAUUGUCAUCUUCAAGUCCCUUUUCAUUUUG